ACGUGUAUAGUUUACUACGGCGUGUGUUGCAUUUAAAAUAUAAUUUAACCCCCGAAAGAAAACAAACAGUUGCCCAAUUUAAGAUGGUUAAAGUGCAGAAACCACAGCCAAAGUCGCUCACCAAGAGCAGCAGCAUCGAGGGCGUGACCAAGAAGAAGGGCAAGCAGGAGAAGGCCAAGAAACUGCCCGAAGAAGCUGUCGUCGCGGUCGCCGCCAACGCGAAAAAGCUGAAGAAUGCUAGCCCCAAGCCAGUCGAGGCGAAGGCCAAGGAGCAGAAAAAGCCAGCGGUGAAACCAGAUGCAGAGAAGAAGCAGCAAACUAAGGCGGCCAAGAGGCCAAUGAUUCUGGCCCCGGCUCAGUCACCUUCUCCUGCUCCUGCGGCAGUCAAGAAGUCCAAAGUAAAGGCAGCUGCUCCCGCAAAGACAGAGGCUGUCAAGAGGGCACUGAUCCUGGCUCCUCCAGAGUCGCCAGUGGUGCCUAAAAAACAAGGCAAGUCCAAGGCGGCGGCUCCUGUUGCUGAUAAAAAAGAAAAGUCGGCCAAAAAGGUCGUUGAAACCGAGGCUCCUCCAGCAAAGAAGUCGGCUCCAGCUAAGAAAUCAGUUGCAGUUGCUCCUCCCGCAGCUAAAAAGCCAGCAGCAGUGGCCACUCCAGCUAAGAAAUCAGCUGCUCCUCCCGCAGCCAAGAAGUCAGAUGCUGCCGCAGCUCCAGCGAAGAAGUCAGCUUCAGUUGCUCCUCCUGCGACCAAGAAGCCAGCGGCUCCAGCCAAGAAGCCAUCCGCUCCAGCUAAGAAGCCAGCUGCAGUUGCUCCUGCCGCAAAAAAUCCCAAAAACCAGCUGCUGCUGGAACCCAAAAAGUCCCAGCAGCCCGCCAAGCCAACUGCUUCGCUCCAAAAGAAGGCAAAGUCAGUGCAGAAGAUAUCCAAGCCAGCCAAGGCGCCCAAAGGAAAGAGAAGCAUUAGCAAGAAGAACACAGCAGCCAAGGGUAAGCCCGUUCGCAAGGAGCCUGUUAAGACCAAGAAGCCUGUCGAGCUGACCUUCGAAUUGAAGUCCUUCGACGAGGACAGGUACAAGGAGAUCGUUAGCGAGGCCAAUGUAACCAAAAUCAGCGAGGCACUGAAGACACUUGUGGAGGGCGAAGUAGCCAAGAGAACUACCUCGAUCUUCACCGACUACCGCUACAUGCUGCAGGUGGCCAGCUACAAGAUCGCCAGCUGCCCCAAGCGCGUGGCCAAGCUGUCAUUGAAGCAUUCGCUGGUUAGCAGCGAUGACGAUGUGGCCAUCAUUGUGCCGGACUUGCAGCGAGGUGCCAAGUUUGACUUUGAGCCAACCAAGCAGCACUACGAGGAUCUGUUCCGUGAGGCGGGGGUGGAGCAGCGCCUAACCAUCGUGCCAUUCAACCAGCUGCGCAACGAGAUGGGCACCUUUGAGGCGAAGCGUAAGUUCCUGAACAGUUACGACUACCUGCUCUGUGAUGGUCGCCUCUCCGGACAGGCUACUGCCUUUCUGGGCAAGUUUACCCAAAAGCCGCGGAAUGUACUUCACGCCGUGCGCCUGAGCGUUGAAGCUGACCAGCUAGCAGAGGAGGUAACCCGCGCCCUUAAACGAACCGCUUACCGGCAGCUGGCGAAGGGCGAUCUGACGGCCAUUCCAGUCGGUAAUCAUCAGCACAGCGCCGAACAGCUUGCGGAGAAUAUUCUGCAGGUAAGCAAGCAACUGCAGAAGCACUUUCCCGGCGGACUAGCCAACAUUAGGUCGCUGUACCUUAAGAUCGACAUUGUGGGAACUUCGGCGCUGCCAUUGUACGUCAGCAUGUGUGCUCCGCCAGCAGAUACACCCUAUGUGGUGGGACCACGGGAGCAGCGCAUGCUCAAGUUGAAGAAGCAGGCCAACGAGGUACUCUCCCGGUUCGCCAUGACCAAGGAUGCCGAGUUCGUGAAGCUUACCGCAGAUCAGGUGAAGCGCAAGGCCGAAUUGAAAAAAGAGAAGGCAGCUUUAGUAGCAGCUGAUGCUGCUCCAAAGGAUAACGAUGGCGAGGACACCGCUGUGCCCACGAAAAAGGCGCGCAAGGAAUCAAACAGCGAGGCCGCCAAGGCCGAGGAAGGGGAAUCCGAUGAUGAGGAUGCUGAGGAGGCGGCGGGUGAAGACGAAAGCGGUGAGGAUGGAGAUGAUACCGAUGACGACGAUAUUGAUGAAGAGGAUGACGAUGAAGACGAAGAGGACGACGACGACGACGACGACGAGGAUGAGGAGGAUGAUGAUGAUGAUGACGACGAUGAUGAAGAUGAUGAGUAAUUUUGCAUUACCUUAUUCCUCUCGAUUAGUCGUAGUUAUAUAUAUCUAAACAACAAAUAUGCAAACCUUUCGUUCAAUUCCGUUUGCAAUUUUUACAAACAGUUUUAAGUAAUAAAGAAAUGUUUUAAGUACGCAACAUAAA